CCGGAAGGACUGCUUGAAGAGGGAGGCGGGGUUUUGAAAGGUUUGACCCGGAAGACACUUCCGGUCGAGCAGCGCCCCCUACCGAUCGGGAAUAGGUACUGUUGGUUCAAUUGUGGUUCAUCCUGGCCCGAGCACCAAAAACAGAUAAGUCUGAAUAUAUUCUCUUAAAUAAUGUAUUUUGAACAACAAAAUAAAUCCUUCAUUGAUUGCAUUUAAAACAUUUGGGAAGGUUUUCUGGUAAAAACAAGUUGCUUUCAUCGAAUAUUGUUGACAGGCUUGCUAUGUUUGGGCAAAACUAGAGUUAACAUUUGUUUUAUUGAACUAAAUAAAGCGAUGAGGGACUUGUACUUGCAUAAAAUGCAAUUGACGUUUCUGUGGUUGUAGAUCUUUGACAAUAAUUCGUGUGCGUUCGUGUAUUUUUUAUUUUAUGUCACAAGUUAAUGUUAUCCGUCCUAUUUCGCCCAUCAUGCAUUGCGAGACCGGAAGCAGCUCUGCUUUUGGCGCGGUCUGGGUAGAGGCGUCGGCCAUCUUGGAAUCACAUCAGCGUUUCAGCGGCUUUUAUUCUGAGGCGCUGCAUGACCACCGACUCGUUGCCUGACCUGCUACCGCCGAUAAGGGAGAUUCACCGGUUUGUUUACGUGCGCAGUACACCCGUGUACCGUUACUGCCAGCGGAGCGAAAAAGCGGACUUCAGAUUUUUGAAAGAACCGUCAUGGCGACAGCUACCCCAAGCCGCGAGGCUGGCCGGACGGCGGCCUGCACACCCCUCUCCCCGACCCGGAUCUCUCGCCUACAGGAGAAACAGGACCUGCAGCACCUCAACGACAGGCUGGCCGUUUACAUCGAGCGCGUCCGGUCCCUGGAGCUGGAGAACGACCGCUUGAUGGUCAAAGUGUCGGAGAAGGAGGAGGUGACUACUAGAGAGGUGAGUGGCGUGAAGGCUCUGUAUGAGGCAGAGUUGGCUGAUGCUCGACGGGUUUUGGAUGAAACUGCCAGAGAGAGGGCCAGACUCCAGAUAGACCUGGGCAAGGCACAGGCUGACGUGGAAGAAGCUUCACGCAGUGCCAAGAAGAAGGAUGGGGAUCUUGCUGCAGCUGUUUCCAGGGCCAAUGGUUUGGAGGGCCAGCUGCACAAGAGCGAAGCCGCGCUCUCUACAGCUCUGAGUCAGAAUGCUGCUCUGACUUCUGAGUUGGCGGAUGUCAAGAGCCUGCUGGCCAAGGCAGAGGACAGCCAUGCUGUUGCCAAGCGCCAGCUGGAGGCGGAGACACUAAUGCGCGUGGACUUGGAGAACCGCUGUCAAUCACUGAGUGAAGAUCUGGAGUUCAGGAAGGGCAUGUUCGAGGAGGAGGUGCGAGAGUCUCGCCGCCGACAGGAGCACAGGGUCGUGGAGGUGGACUCUGGCGUCAGACACGACUACGAGUUCAAACUGGCCUCUGCUUUACAGGACCUGAGGAGGCAACAUGACGAGCAGGUCUCUGUGUACAAGGAGGAACUGGAGCAGACCUUCCAGGCCAAGUUGGACAACGCCAAAGUGUCCUCUGAGAUCAAUGACAAGGCCAUGGGCUCGGCCAGGGAGGAGGUGCUGGAGUCCCGUAUGAGAAUAGAGAGCCUGGGCUAUCAACUCAGCGCCCUGCAGAAGCAGGCGGCUGCCUCUGAGGAUCGCAUCAGAGAGCUGGAGGAGAUUCUGUCAGCAGAGCGAGACAAGAGCCGCCGUGCCAUGGAAGGAAAGGAGCUGGAGAUGAGUGAACUGAGAGAGCGGAUGAACGCUCAGCUCAGUGAAUACCAGGAGCUGUUGGACGUGAAGCUGGCUCUGGACAUGGAGAUCAACGCAUACAGGAAGCUGCUGGAGGGAGAGGAGCACAGACUGAAGCUGUUCCCCAGCCCAUCUGCUCGGGUCACCGUUUCCAGGCUAACGGGAUCUUCCUCCUCCCGCUCCUCCAAGAGGAAGAGGGUGGAGGCUGAAGCUAAAGGUGUGGCCGAGAAUGCAAGAGGAGAGGGGCAGCUGCUGGUCUCAGAAGAAGCCUCAGCCAGCGGAGCAGUCACCAUAUCGCCUACUGACAUGGACGGAAACGCAGUCACACUGACCAAUGACACGGCUCAGGACCAGCCGCUGGGAAACUGGAGGCUGAAGAGACGCGUCAACGACGGGGACGAGGUCGUAUACAAGUUCUCCCCAAAGUUUGUCCUCAAGGCUGGACAGGCUGUCACGGUGUGGUCUGCUGAUGCUGGUGUGGCCCACGGUCCACCAUCUGACCUGCUGUGGAAGAGCCAGACCUCCUGGGGUACCGGAAACAACAUGGUGACCACUUUGGUCAACGCUGAUGGCGAGGAGGUGGCCACGAGGAGUGUCACUAAGACUCAGGUGGACGUCGAGAACGGAGAAAAUGAUGAGGAGGAGGAGGAAGAGGAGGAGGCACGGACAGGGAAGGUGUCCUCCAGAGAGUGUGCCAUCAUGUGAAGCCUUCCCUUCCCCGCUCUGCAUACUCUGUUUGUUUGUUUUCCUCUGGAGCCUCCCACAUUUCCCCACCUGUUUUCUUACUGUUCAGGGCAGUGUACUAUAGUAAUGUUGGACAGCUGGACUCCUGCUGUGGUCAGUGUGAACACUGUGCCAACGUCUGGAUCCCAAUCAUGAUGCGUGGUGUCAGUGAGUCCUACCGGGCUGUCUGCCAUUCAUGCGCUUCACAUCCUAACAACGUACCACUUUUUAUUCGACCUCUGAGAACCUCUUCAAGUCUUUCCCUAUAACUUCUUCUUUUAGUGUGGUCCCUUCUGAGUUCUUUUUGCGUCUUCUGUAGAGAGGACAAUUGUGAAAUCCCUAAAGUCUCUCACAGCUUUUCAGUCUCCUGCAUUGCUGGACAUCGGGGGGGAACUUUUAAAUACUGCAGUGAUGUGGACAACUGCUUUUUAAAAUGUGUAGGCUGUACGAUGAGUAUGAAGAGCUUUGACCAUCUUAGCUGGCAUCCAGACCUUUGACACCUGGUCCUGACAUGAGCCGCCGCUCUUCCUGGCUUCUGCAGAGAGCGCUGGGAGGCGGGGCGCCCAUCUGCCGAGUCGGUCCUGGUGUCAUUCCUCUUUAAGAGAGCGAGGAUGAGAAGCUGCAGGGCCUAAUGAGCAGGUGAACCCUGCCACACUGGGGUCAAACUAGUGUAGGUCUAGCUGAAGUCCUGCUGUGACCGAUGGGUUGUUCUCACCUGCAGAGCGGAACAUGCCAGCCAUGUGUGCCAUUUGAUUUUCUAAUGUGUGUAUGCCGUGCUUUACAUUGCUAGUUAUUUUUUUAUAGAGUGCUCAUCUAUGUAAUCACUUUUUACACAGUAUACUUCAUUUCUUAUAUUAGUGUUUGGGAUUUACCUUUUUAAGAUACAGAACACUACUGCUGCAGUGUAAUGACUGACUCUGAGGUAACUCUGAUCUGAUUGGGUGGUGUAAUGAUGAUUCAGUCCCUCCAGGUAAUGUGCACAAUAAUUCAAGUAUAUUCAGUGGAUUCAAAUGACCUUUUCAUCACAACUGGUCUGACUUUUCGAUCUCGAUACUCACCGCUUCCUUUGGUCUACAUGGGGGCUCGUGGUUGCAUGUUAGUAUGCAGGAGUCUUCCGUUCACUCUUCAAACAAUAGCACACUUUAAUGGUGUUUUUAAACUGCAAUCCAAAUAGAACCAGCUGGUGUCCCUGGAGGGGCUGUCCCAUGACCGCUCGGACCAGUUCUACAUUAUAGAUGUUACUUUGAUGUUUCUGUUGAUGAUUAACUACUUUUUGUACACAAUAAAUGUUUUACAUAUACAAA